AUGAGGAACUGUACACUGGAGAACUGUCACAACGAUACAUCGUACACUGGGAGAACUGUCAACAAUGACUGUACUACCUACCAACAUCCACCACAACAACACAACAACUCCACACCAACAACUCCACCACCACCAACAACUCCACCAACACAAACUCCACACCACCACAAAUCCACCACCAAACAACUCACCAACUCCACCACCAACAACAACUCCACCACUCACCAGACACUAACAACCCACCACAACCAACCCAAACAACUCCACAACUACAACAACUCACCACACCAACUACAACUCCACCACAACACAACUCCACCAAACUCCACCACACAACUACAACUCCACACACCACCAACAACUUCCAGCCAACAACCUUCCACCACCAACCAACUAGAACACACGCCAACGUCAAGCAACAACUCCACCAACAACAACUCCACCACCAACUCCACCACCACCAACAACAACUCCAACUCCAACUCCAACAACUCCACCACCACCAACAACAACUCCAACUCCAACUCCAACAACUCCACCAACUACAACACCACCAGCACCAACACCCAGCAGACAGCUUUACCUUGUCCAGCACCUUUACCACUCCCCUUCCACAAGCCCCUGUAUGGUCCUUGUUCACCCAAAGCCCCUGGGCACCUCCCCCACCCCUGUGGCUCUGAGUUACGACCAAACCAGCCCGACACCCCUGCUACUGGUCACUGUUCCAGCCCCUUGUAUGGGUCCUGUUCCACCAACAGCCCCCUGUAUGGUCCUGUUCGCACCCACAUCGCCUGUAAUGGUCUGUUCCACCCCACAGUCCCCUGUAUGGUCCUGGUUCUCAGCACCCAAGCCCGCCUGUAUGGUCCUGUUUCCACCUCACAAGCCCGCUUGUAUGGUUCCUGUUACCACCACCCACAGCCCUGUAUGGUCCGUUUCCACCCCACAGCCCGCUACCCCCUGUAUGGUCCUGUUCGCACCCCCUGUAUGGUCCUGUUCCACCACACAGCCCUGUAUUGGUCCUGUUCCACCACAGCCGCCUGUAUGGCCUGUUCCACCCACAGUCCCCUGUAUGGUCCUGUUCCACCCAAAGCCCUGUAUGGUCCUGUUCCACGCCCACAGCCCCCCUGUAAUGUGUCCUGUUACACCCACGGUCCCCUGUAUGGUCCUGUUCACCCCAAAGCCCCUCCCCUGUUAUGGCUCUUCCACCACAGCCCCCGUAUGGUCCUGUUUCCACCCACAGUCCCUGUAUGUCCUGUUUCCACCCCCUGUAUGGUCCUGUUCCACCCCAAGCCCCCUGUAUGGCCCUGUAUGGUCCUGUUCACCCACAGUCCCUGUAUGGUCCUGUUCCACCCCAAGCCCCUUCCCCUGUAUGUCCUUUCCCCCUGUAUGGGUCCUGUUCCACCCCCACCCUGUAUGGUCCGUGUUCCACCCACAGCCCCUGUAGGUCUGUUCACCCACAGUCCCCUGUAUGGUCGUUCCACCCCCUGUAUGGUCCUGUUCCACACUCCACAGGCCGUGUCCUGCCCCCUGUAUGGUCUGUUCCACCCCACAGCCCCGUAUGGUCCUGUUCGUACCCCACAGCCCCCUUAUGGUCCUGUUCCACCCCAAACGCCCCUGUAUGGUCUGUUCCACCCCCUGUAUGGUCCUGGUUCCAUCCCCACAGCCCCAUAUGGUCCUGUUUCCACCGCCCCUGUCCCUGUCCACACCCACAGCCCCCUGUAUGGUCCGUUUUCCACCACAGCGCCCCUACCCCCUGUGUGGUUCCCCUGUAUGGUCCGUGUCCACCACACAGCUCCUGUAUUGGUGCCUGUUCCCCACACGCCUAUGGCCUCCACCCGUCCCGUAUGGUCCUGUUCACCCAACCUUAUCCGUACCACGCCCCGGAGUCUUGUACCACCGCCCCUGUAUCCUGUUCCCACCACCACAGCCCCCUGUAUGGUCCUGUUUCCACCCAAAGCCCCCUGCUAUCCGUACAUCCCCGUCCGUAUGGUCCUGUUCCACCCCAAGCCCCUGUAUGGUUUCCUGUUCCACCCCACAGCCCUGUAUGGUCCUGUUACCACCCGCACAGCCCCUCUGUAUGGUCCUGUUCCACCCACAAAAGCCCCCUGUAUGGUCUGGUUCCCCCACAGCCGCCGUAUUGGUCCUUCCUACCCCACAGUCCCCUGGUAUGGUCCCAGUCCACCCCAAAGCCCCCUGUAUGGUCCUGUUCCACCCCAACAGCCCCCCUGUAUGGUCCUGUUCACCCCCAACAAGUCCCCUCCCUGUAUGGUCCUGUUCCACCCCCUCCCGUAUGGCCUGUUCCACCCCACAGUCCCCUGUAUGGUCCCCUGCUUCCACCCUUCCCUGUAUGGUCCUGUUCCACCCCACUGUAUGGUCCUGUUCACCCCAACCCCCUGUAUGGUCCUGUUCCACACCAACCCUGAUGGUCCUGAUCCACCCCCUACCCCCUGUAUGGUUCCUGUUCCACACCCUGUAUGGAUCCUGUUCCACCACAGCAACCCAUUUUCCUUUCCACCAGCCCUGUAUGGUCUGUUCCACCCACGCCCCUGUAUGGCCUUUCCACCCCAGCCCCGUUAUGGUCCUGUCCACCCCGAGGGCCUCAGCCCCCUGUAUGGUCCUGUUCACCCCUGCAUGGUCCCUGUUCCACCCCCCUGUAUGGUCCUGUUCCACCCCACAGCCCCCUGUAUGGUCCUGUUCCACCCCCUGUAUGGUCCUGUUCCACCCCCUGCUCCCAGUUACUACAGAAAUGUCAGCGAGACCAUCCUCUACACUCCUCAACAGCUACUGGACGAAUCGAAAGACCUGAAGAGACCUGAGCCUGUCUGUUGA